AAGAAUUUCCUUCACACAAACCAAAGAAAAUGUCUCUUCUUUCUUCUUACAAUCCCAAACCACACGUGGUUCUGUUUCCAUUCAUGUCCAAAGGGCAUACUAUCCCCCUCCUCCAACUUGCUCGCCUCCUCCUCUGUCGCGGCUGCGCUUUAACCCUCUUCACAACCCCGGAAAAUCGUCCGUACAUCGUUCAAUCUCUCUCCGGCGAUGAUAUUACCAUCAUAGACCUUCCAUUUCCGGGAAACAUUCCCGGAAUACCUCCUGGAAUUGAGAGCACGGACAAACUCCCGUCCAUGUCUCUCUUCUUCUCCUUUGCCAGAGCCACGAAACUCAUGCAGCCCUAUUUUGAAGGCGCGCUGCAAAAAAUUCCUCACGUCACCUGUAUCGUAUCAGAUCUGUUCCUCCAUUGGACGGUGGAAUCCGCCAUAAAAUUUGGCGUUCAACAGCUGGGAUUCGAUGGUAUGAGCAACUACGUCAAUUCAAUUAACAGAGAUGCAGUUAUUAAUGGAUUACUGUCAUUACACGAGUCCGCCGACGAACCUUUCACUCUCAGCAGCUUUCCAUGGAUUAAGCUCACCAGGAAUGACUUUGACUACCCGUUUAAUCAACGGCACCCGUCAGGUCCUCUAUUCGACUUCAUAAUGGAGAUGGGCAUAGCCCUCUCCAAAAGCUAUGGCCUACUGGUGAACAGUUUCUACGAGCUCGAGCCACUGUACGUAGAGUACUGGAACCGUGAGUCUAAAGCAAAAGCAUUCUGUGUCGGGCCCUUGUGCAUGGCCCGACCACCAAAAAUGGAGCCGGUAUUGCACCAGGAAUGUAGAUGGAUUAAAUGGCUGGAUCAAAAACUGGCAAAGAAAAAACCAGUUCUGUACGUUGCAUUCGGGUCCCAAGCAGAAAUAUCAUCAACACAAUUAACAGAAAUCGCUCGUGGCCUGGAAGAAUCGAAAGUGAGCUUCUUGUGGGUGGUGAGAAAGAGUGGAAGAGAAUUAGGUGACGAAUUUGAAGACAGGAUAAAGGAAAGAGGAAUCAUAGUAAAAGAAUGGGUUGAUCAGAAACGGAUUCUUGAACACGAAAUCGUGCAGGGAUUUCUGAGUCAUUGCGGCUGGAACUCGGUUUUGGAGAGCAUAAGCGCAGAAGUUCCGAUACUGGCAUGGCCAAUGAUGGCGGAGCAACCCCUGAAUGCAAAAAUGGUUGUGGAAGAGAUUAAAAUCGGGUUACGGGUCGAAACAGUUAAUGGGUCGGGUAACAAAUUUGUGCAGGCGGAGAGCUUCAAGAAUAAAGUGAAAGAACUUAUGGAAGGAGAAAAAGGAGAAGAGGUGAGGAAGAAGGUGAAGCAAGUGGCCGAGGCAGCAAGGAACUCCAUGAUGGAGGGAGGCUCGUCUUGGCAUACACUAAACCAACUCAUUAAAGAGAUUUAUUUGCAAAAUCAGCCAGAAAAAUAAAUAGAAGUUACUUUUAAAUAAAAUUUUGUUUUCAUAAAUAAUCGAGUAAUUUAAUUUUGUUCAUAGUUUGAGUGCAAGUAGUCACCUUGCUGCAAAAUUAUACCAGUGGAGAGUAAUGGGAGUAAAGAAGUUGUGGCAUGUUUGGACUAAUUAUAAAGUUGCUUUAAGAAGUAUGUUUUUGCAUUAUGCUAAACGUACAGAUUUCUUUCAUAGAAUGGUUUCGUAAAUAAUAACACAUGGAAAAAAAUCAUCGACCAAAAAAAAAAAAAAAAAGAAUGAUGUGCUGCUGUGUAGGAAAUCUGUAAAACUUUCCUCGUACGUAGGAAUAAUCCUUAAUUCAUAUGGUCUACAAAUAAUCAGUUUGCUUUUAUUUUGACUUGUGCCCACAAAUUUUGAGGACAUCGAACUGUCAAGAGGCUGAAACAAUGGAGCCUAAACCGGCAAUGUGGAAGGAUUUCUUAUUUGUAGUCAAAUGAUCUGCUCGAUUAGUUCUUUAAGUUGUUUAGGUCCCUAUUUGACCUCAUUUUUUGAAAUGAAAAUAGCAAGAAUAAU